UUAACUUGCAGAGCAUCGAUACUUAUUUAACACGUGCAGCGGUCCGAAUAGUUUUUUGAGCGUAGGGUUCUUAAAUGCACAACAACAUGGAGACUCGUUCUGAUGGCAAGUGGCGUAACAAUUCCGGUCCUAAUGGAUAUAAUUAUUUUAAUAAUAAUGGCAACCAGUCGAAUGGUCAAUGGAAUGAUAAACGACGCGAGCACCAUAGCUAUAACCGCGAUGGUCCUGGUCGAGGACACAACGAUUCAUUUUCAAAGUUUCGUGAUCAAAACCAACAAUCAGAACAAUCACAAUUUAAGAAUCGCCAUGCACUAAAUCAUGGGGGCGGAAGCGCCGGUGGUGGUGGUGGUGGUGGCGGUGGCGGCGGCGGCGGGGGCAGAGGCGGAGGUAGAAGACACAGAGGAGGAAUGAGAGGACGGAAUGGACGUGGAGGUGGAGGCGCCGGGCGUGAUGAACGCAGCAGCGGUGGCAGUGCACCUAGUCCCUGGUACAAGGAUAAAGUGCCCAAUGAAAUAUUCUACUUUACAAAUGGACAACAGAUCAAGGAAAACAAUGUCACUCCACCUCCUGUAGCACCUCCUGAAGCACCAGCAGCGGCAACACCUGCACUCGAGCCGGUGAAAGAGACAACGCCAGCAAAGGCACCUAUAGUUGAAUCGCCACUCAUCACUCCGGCCAACAUAAAAAAGGAAAAGAAAGAGGCUUCAAUUCAGCAGCUGGCUAAACCGGCAGAAAGCAGCGACGACAGCUCCUCCAGCAGCUCCAAUGAAAGUCUAGAACUUGGUGAGGUGGUUAAAGGGACACCAACUGCUAAAAGUGAAGCAUCCAAAGUAAAGGCUAAAGUCGGGUCGGCAGCCAAACCAUCGCCAUCAUCCUCUUCCUCAUCCUCCGACGACUCUAGUGAUGAAAGUCCGCCGCCCGUCAAGGGAAAAAAAUCAGUCAAAGAUUCCCCACAGAAGUCGCUGAAAACUUCCAAGAAAAGCGUAGACGAAGAUGAUGUUGUUUGUAUGGGCAAUGCUAGUCGUAAGUACACAAUACCAGAUGAGGAUGACAAUGACGAAGAUGAAGCAGAGGCCAGCAGCGAGGCUGAGGACAAAGUACAACAGAAGGCAGGCAAAGGCAAGGAAAAGAUGGCUCAUACGUGUGGCAUAUGCGACAAGAAGGGUCACACCUCCUUUGAGUGUCAGAUGAUCUGCAGGAAUUGCUCGGCACCCUAUCACAGCUUAAAGAACUGCCCGCAGCCUCCGAAUUUGAACAUUGCUCUGCAGGCGUUCAUGGAGUUUAGCAUGCAACAAUUGACUAGUUUCAAUAUGGAUAAACGUUUUGCUUUUCCCGCCGGUGUAAUGACAGCGCCACCUGUACAGGUAUCAACUGCUCAGCUACAAAAUUCACCAGUUGCCAAGUCUAAAAAGGAAAAACGAUCUGUGAAUAAAAAGUCUAAGAAAAUGCCUAAAAAGAAAAUUAAAAUUGAGGCAAAACAUAGCGACGACGAUGAUGAUGAUGACGACGACGAUGACAAUGAGGACGAGGAUGAUGAGUUAGAACCAGAUCCAAGUGAAACGGAAUCAAGUGAUUCCAGUGCUGAGGCAAAGUUAGCGGCUAAGCUAAAAAGGAAACGCAGUUCCAAGCAAUUGUCCAAAAGCUUGCCGCCCAGUGCCGCAUCAUAUCCAUUUCCCUUGUUAGCUGCCGGCGCACCAUAUAAUCCGAUGAUGUAUCCAUAUGGAGCGCAGUUUAAUUUUCCUAAAUAAGUUUUAGAUUUGUAUACAAUUUUUUUUUUGUAUAUUUGUUCAGAGAUAAGCAUAAAAUUACUAUUAAAUAUCAAAAG